AAGACGCCAACAUUGUGGGGCAGUUGAUGUGUCCAGUCAAUGUUUUUUAGCACUUUCUCCCAGUGGGUAAGAGGUCAUGUUUUACCUAAACCAUGUGUUGGACCCAAACUGAACAUUUAUAACGAAAAGCAGAGCUGAUUGUUCUUAAUCUAUAGUCUAAUAAAAGAGUGAGACGAAGUGGAAAGAGACCAUCUCCAGCUAUGUUGAGGAGGCUCUUAUUUGACGGUUUUGCAGCCAUUUUUCUACUUCUGUUACGCCCAACAACUUGCAAAGCCAAGCUGAAUCAUCAUCUCUGUCACUCUUCUUGUGGGAAUAUUCCGGAUAUAAGCUACCCUUUCCGACUGAAAGAUGACCGACCCAGGUGUGGAGAGAGGAAGUAUGAACUGGCUUGUGAGAAUAAUCGCACAAUCUUACAAUUAAAUUCUGGAAGAUACUAUGUAGAAGAGAUCAAUUAUACUAGGGAGACAAUAAGGGUGGUUGAUACUGGCCUAAAGAAAGAUGAUUGUUCUUCUCUGCCUCUUCAUUCUUUGACUUAUGCAAACUUCAGUUACGGAGAUCCAUAUCGGCUGUCCUGUGAGACCUCAGAUGUAAAUUUCAUUGAUUGUGAAGCUCCAAUAAAUUCUCCUCUCUACAUCGACAUGGCACCUUGCAGUAGAAACAGUUCUUCCAACUCUUCUUUAUCUUCGAUGCAAACAUAUUCAUAUGUUGUAGUCAGACACAUGGCCCUGUUAGAUUUAGAGGACUCUUGCAGCGUAGGCUUGGUUGUUGGCUUCUCGACCAGAGGGCAGAAGAUUGAUAAUUCUCUUCCAGACAUCCACAACCGGCAGCUGUAUGGGGUUGACCUUAGAUGGUUCAAUUGCUUCGGCUUCCUCCUCUGCCCUUCAUGCGAUGGUAAGGACAAUUUGAUGGACAAGUUAUAUUGCAUUGCAGAAGACCUUGUCGAAUUUGUAAGCCAGCUCACUGUUCUUGCUGUUGCAGCCAAGAUUUUCUUCGGGGUUCCAUGUGUGUUAAUAUUUCUGAUCUACAAAUGGAAAAGGAGGAGCUUAUCCAUGUACCAUGCCAUCGAAGAGUUCAUUCAGACCCACAAUAAUCUAAAACCUAUUAGGUUCUCUUACUCGAACAUUAAGAAGAUGACCAAAGGCUUCACAGAAAAGUUAGGUGAGGGCGGCUAUGGUUCAGUAUAUAAAGGAAAGCUGAAAAGUGGCCAUCUUGUAGCAGUAAAAAUGCUGGCCAAUUCCAAAGCUAAUGGACAAGAUUUCAUCAAUGAAGUUGCUACAAUUGGAAGGAUUCAUCAUUUCAAUGUGGUGCAACUAAUUGGAUUUUGUGUUGAGGGAUCAAAACGAGCUCUUGUGUAUGACUUCAUGAUGCCUAAUGGAUCUCUUGACAAGUACAUAUUUCCUGAAAAGGAAGAACAUAUCUCCUUGAGCUUUGAGAAAAUGUAUCAGAUUUCUCUAGGAGUGGCCCACGGGAUUGAAUACUUACAUCGGGGUUGUGAUAUGCAAAUCCUACAUUUUGAUAUAAAGCCCCAUAAUAUACUUCUUGAUAAGAAUUUCACUCCAAAGGUUUCAGACUUUGGCCUAGCAAAAUCUUAUCCAGCAGAUCAUAGCAUCGUGUCUUUAACUGGAGCAAGAGGGACAAGGGGAUACAUGGCUCCAGAACUGUUCUACAAAAACAUUGGAGGAGUCUCAUACAAAGCUGAUGUCUAUAGUUUUGGAAUGUUGUUGAUGGAAAUGGCAGGCAGAAGGAGGAAUUUGAAUGUGUUUGCUGAGCAUUCAAGCCAAAUUUACUUCCCUUCCUGGGCCUACGAUCAAUUCAAUGAAGGAAAGGACAUAGAAAUAGGAGAUGCCACAGAGGAAGAACAAAAACUUGAAAAAAAGAUGGUCCUAGUAGCCUUAUGGUGCAUACAGUUUAAGCCCAGUGAACGUCCUUCAAUGCACAGAGUUAUUAUAGAGAUGCUUGAAGGAAAGGUUGACCAACUGCAAAUGCCUUCAAAGCCUUUUCUAACUCCACAAGAGGUGUAAGUUGAUGAUCGUGAAAAGAAAACGAACACAACAGAAAUAUCAUGAAUUAGUAUCAGUUAGUGUGUACUACUGGUGUAGCUACUCAAAAGAGUACGCCACAUUAGCCUUCUUGAUGUCCAUCCCCAUCUAUGAUAGUGCAAGCUUUGUUGGAGAGUGUGAUAUACAAUAUGAACCCAAAUUCUACAUGCUUUAAAUUUUUAGGAAAAUUGAUACUUCAAUAAAGCUCUACCCAUGUAUUUAGUUGUUCUUGAACAUUGAAAGGUAGGUUAGCCACAGAUUAUUUAUCAGCUUUCCCUAGUAAUUAUAUGCCCUACCCUUGUAGUAAUGCCCUUCUUGAUGUCCACCGAUUCCACAUCCCCUUCUUUGGCUAGAGUUGAUUUCCAGUAAUAUACUAGUUUUCUUGUCAUUUAUGAUAUUAAAUAUGUAAAAUAAAGAAACAAAAUGACAAAGGUUAAUUUUAGCUUUGUU